AUGUUAUUUUUCUCGUUAACAUUGUUGUUAAUCAUCAUUUUAAUCAUUUAUUUGUGGAAAUUGAAUUCAAGUUAUUCGUAUUUUGAUGUUCGUCAUAUUCGUGGACCACGUCCUUGUUUUUUCUUUGGUCAUUAUAAAAAACUUUGGUCAGUAGAAUCGAUAUCACGUCAAUGGGAAAAAUGGACUAAAGAAUAUGGAUCAAUUUAUGGUAUUUUUGAAGGAACACGUCCAGUUUAUGUUGUUUCAGAUGUGAAUUUCUUAGAAGAAGUUUUUGUCAAACAAUUUCAAUGUUUUCAUUCCCGACGUUUACCAUUUGUAAGUCAAUUAAAUCAAGGAAAUCUUAUUCAUCUUUUUGGAGCAAAAGGAAAUCGUUGGCGUCGUCAAAGACAUAUUCUUAAUCCAACAUUUUCAUUUUCCAAAUUAAAAUUAACAACACCAAUUCUAAAUCGAUGUAUUUCUUCAUUUCUCAACAAACUUCAACAAUAUGAAAAUCAACAAUUUGAUAUUUAUCCAUUGUUUAAACGAUUAACAAUGGAUUUUAUUUGUCAUUCAGCUUUUGGAAUUGAAAGUGAUAUGCAAAAUGAUUUGAAUAAUCCAUUUCUAAAGAAAUCAAUGCAAUUUUUCGAAGUUAAUCCUGAGAAAUUAUUUCUUGUGAAAAUUAGUUGUUUAAUGCCUUGAAAACAACAAGAUAAUCAUCCAAUGGAUUUAUUACAAUUAAUGAUCGAUGCAACAACAACAAAUUUUCAAAACGACGAUGAUGAUGAAGAUGAGAAAAUUUGUCAUUUCAAACAACUUCAUCCAGAUGAAGUGGCAUCGAAUGUAUUUUUCUUUAUGAUCGCUGGUUUUGAAACAACUUCAACAACAUUGGCGAAUUCGACAUAUAUUUUGGCGACAAGAUUUGAUGUUCAAAGAAAACUUCAGAACGAAAUCGAUGAAAUUUACAGAAAAUACGAUGGAAAAUGUGAUUCUGAUCAUAUAAAUGAAAUGAUUUAUUUAGAUUUAUUUCUUCGAGAAGUUUUACGAAUGUAUCCAAUUGCUCUUCAAGCGAUUUCGAGACAAUGUAACAAAGAAACAAUGAUUUGUGGACAUGAAAUUGGCAAAGGAUGUGUAAUUCAACCAGAUAUUUUAAGUUUACAUUAUAAUGAAUAUUUAUGGGGUCCUCAAGAUCCCAAAUUAUUUUGUCCGGAAAGACAUUUAACUCGACGACAUCCAAUGGCUUUUUUAUCAUUUGGACAAGGUCCAAGAAAUUGUAUUGGAAUGAAAUUUGCCUUUAUGGAAUUGAAAUUAUGUUUAACACAUCUUCUUAGACAUUAUUCGAUUCUUCCCACAGAAAAUCUUCAACAAAAUUUCAUUCACCGAGAAACAUUGGUUAUUCAACCGAAUUCGAUUGAGAUUAAACUUGAAAAACGUUCCUUUGAAAAGUUUCAAUAA